ACUCUCCCUUUGCUUUCUGUGAGAGUUCUCUUGCUUGGAGUGAAGGCAUCUGACCCAAGAACCACAGCAGUCAUGGUUGAGGCAUUUUUGGGCAAAUGGAAGCUGGUGCAAAACAACUCGGAAGACUUUAACAAGUACAUGGAAGCCCUGAAUGUUAGUCUUUUAACAAGAAAAGCAGCCUGCGCAUUGAAACCUGAUGUGAUCUUCAGUAUGGAAGCGGAUGUUAUUACUUUCAAAACCGAAAGCACCUUCAAAUCCUCUGAGAUUUCAUUCAAGUUGGGAGAAGAAUUUGAUGAAACUACUGCAGAUGGCAGGAAAACAAAGACAACCGUGACGCUAGAAAAUGGAGUCCUGGUUCAAGUGCAGAAAUGGGACGGCAAAGAAACGGUGAUUAACCGAGAGGUGAAAGAUGGUGAAUUGAUAACGACCUGCAUCGUGGGGGACGUGAGAUGCGUCCGGAUCUACAACCGAAAAUGAGACCUUCAGUGUGGCUGGAAGUCACUGUAAAAAGACGAGCUCAGUUCAAUGAGCAGUAGCCCUGUGGCUUUUUUGAUUUCUAACUGGUUAGUUUGUAUGGAAAGCUGAUCAUGUUGCUGUGCCGCUCAAAGAAAGUAAAGCUUUUGGCGUUAAUGCCCUC